AUGGUUUUCGGAUCCAAAGCCCCGGCCCUCACUGAGGCCAAUGUUGGAGAUCAGUCUGGAAAGGUCUUCAUCGUCACGGGCGCAACCUCGGGCUACGGCCUGUUACUGUCAACAUUCCUCUACCAAAACAACGGCACCGUCUACCUAGCGGCCCGCAACGCCACCAAAACCGCCUCGGUGAUCGCGGACCUGAAGUCGCGCUUCCCCACCAGCAAGGGCAAGCUCGACAGCAUCCCGCUGAACCUGUCGGACCUGUCAACCAUCAAAGCGUCCGCCGCCGAGUUCCUAUCCAAGGAAUCACAGCUCCACGUCCUCUUCAACAACGCCGGCGUCAUGUUCCCGCCCGCCGGGUCGACCACAAACCAGGGCUACGAGCUGCAGCUGGGCACCAACAACGUCGGCCCGCACCUGUUCACGAAACUGCUGUACCCGACGCUCGUGGAGACCGCGAAGACCGCGCCCAGGGCCUCCGUGCGCGUUGUCUGGGUGUCCUCUGACGCAGCGGGGUGGGCGCCCAAGCCGGCGAUCGACUUUGGCAACCUCGACUACCGCCGCGCUGAGAACGACAGGGUGAAGUACGGGCGGUCGAAGGCCGGGACGGUGAUGCAGGCUGUUGAGCUGGCGCGACGGGCGAGGGCCGAGGGGUCGGGCGUUCUCUCGAUCUCGCUGGACCCCGGGAUUGCGAAUACGGGGCUGCAGCGCGAUAUGGGGCGGUUUAUGGCGGCGGCUGUCAAGCUGAUUGCGAAUAAGCCGGAGGUGGGGGCGUACACGCAGCUGUUUGCCGGGUUGAGUGGUGAUAUUACGCCGGAGGUGUGUGAGAAGGAGUGGGUGGUGCCGCCGGGGAAGAUUGGGUGUCCGCGGCGUGAUCUGUUUACGGAUUUGGAGACGGCUAGGAAGUGGUGGGAGUGGAAUGAGGAGCAGGUGAAGGAGUUUAUUUAG